AUGAAGAAAUUUUGUUGUUCUAAGGCUGGUUAUAAGGCAAACAGUGGGGUUAAGGCUUAUUCCAAAAUUGACACAAGGACAGGGUGUGGAGCGUUUGUUCAAUUUGACGUGGGUGAUGAUGGGUUGUGGACAGUUACAAAACAUGAGAAAGUGCACAAUCACGAGUUAUGUGUGUUCAACAAGAGUCAUAUACUUCGUUCACAUAGGAGUGUCGGAGAUAAUCAGCUCUUAUAUUUACAAGGUUUGAAAGACAGUGGUGUUGCAUUGGCAGAUGGUAUUAGGUUCCUAAAACACCAAUCAGGGGGGUCCCCUUUAGUUGGUUUCACCAGUAGAGAUGCUUAUAAUUCAAUGGCUGCGGAUACCGUCAAGAGGAGGCAGUCUACCGAAACUGAUUUUUUCUUUGAUUUUGAACUUGAUUUGGAUGCAAGGUUGUGCAGUUAUUUUUGGAGGGAUGGUCAUAUGAGACGAGAUUAUGAGGUGUUUGGGGACUUGUUAGUGCAUGAUACGACAUAUCGCACAAACAAAUACGAUAUGAUUUGUGGCUCUUUCGUAGGGAUGAAUCACCAUUGCAUGAUUGUAAUGUUUGGAUGCGGGUUUUUGAUGAAUGAGAGGAUAGAAUCGUUUGUGUGGUUGUUUAAAGCAUUUUCAAGAUCAAUGGGUGGCAAGUCUCCACAGACUAUUAUGACAGAUCAAUAUGCAGCUAUGGCUGCUGCUAUAUCUAAAGUGUUUCCAACAUCACGUCAUCGUCUUUGCAUAUGGCAUAUUGAGACCGAAGCUGAAUUUCAAUUCUAUUGGACAAGGUUGGUGACUGACUAUAAAUGUCACAAGAAUACUUGGUUAGAAAAGCUAUAUGAUUGUAGGGAGAAGUGGUGUCCAGCAUUUAACAAGGACUAUUUUUCUGGGGGCAUUCUAUCAUCACAAAGGAGUGAAACUACAAAUCAUUCGAUUUCUAGAAGGUUGUCCAAGACAGCGGGUCUUUGUGAUUUCUAUUCAUCGUUUGUAAGCGUAAUUUCUGAAUGGAGAAGUAAAGAGAACGGUGAAGACUUUCGGUGUGCUCAAGGGGUACCCGCUAUGAUGAUGGAGCAUGUGAAACUUCUUUCACAUGCUAGAGAGGUAUACACGAUUGAGAUAUAUUUUCUGUUUGAGGAACAAUUCAUGAAAGGCAGUGCGUGUCAUCAAGAGAUGGUGUUGAAUGAUGGCCGUCAACAGAAGUAUCACGUGUGGCGGCCAGAUAUAGAUAUUAUAAGGCAUGAGGUUAGUUUUAACGCAGCCAACUUGGACAUUUCUUGUAGUUGCAAGUUGAUGUCUGAGUUGGGAAUUCUAUGUUGUCAUUGUAUAUGCAUUCUUCACGUACAUUGUGUUUCUAGUAUCCCCGACAAAUAUAUACUUAAAAGAUGGACUAAAAAGGUUAUUGAUGGUAGGAAUGUCAACAUUGAUUCUAUGGUUUAUAAUGUUGGUGUUCCUCCAUCAAUUUGGGUGUUCGAUAUUAGUAGAAAAUUUCAAAGAUUAGUUGUGUCUAGUCAAGAUAGCAGCAUAGCUAGGAAAUUGUGUGACGAAGCUGUUGAUGAUGUAAAGAAAAAGGUUGAAGCCGAGAUUGGGCAUGUGCAUAUUGAAGAGUGUGGUGUUUCAUCUUCAAGUGGUGGUGUUCAAAAUCCUUCAAGUCGGAGAUUGAAAGGUGAGCGUAACAAAAGGAGGAGUAGUGUUAUUGAAAAGAAGUACAGUCUUGCAAGGGGGAGAAGGAGUGCUGCAAAUAAAGCUGCAUUGAGUACAAAGGGUGCUGUUCAGUCUUUGGUGUUGGAAAACAUAUCCAAGCUUGCUGGGGAGGGAUACCUUGUACAUCCAAGUUCUUCAAGUUCAGAUUUUGUUCAGUUUAGUAAGGGUUUAGAUGACAAUGUAGGUGUAGAUUGA